AUGGGAAAUGUUCACUCCGGGUCGACGUUCACGCGAACGACAGGCGCGUUAGAUUCAUAUGUAGCGGAUCUAGGGACGGACAUAAUCUAUGAGAAGAGUCUCGGUUCCUCGCGCUUUCUCAAGACGGUCAAAUGCAAGCACCGAAAUGGUUACCUGGUCAUCAAGAUAUUCGUGAAACCCGACCCAGGACUGACCUUGCGAAACUAUCACAAGAGACUAAAGAAUGACAAGGAGUCCCUGGUGGAUAUUGCGAACGUCUACAACUAUCAAGUCUUUGUCGAGACUGAGAGAGCUGGAUACAUUAUAAGGCAAUGGGUGGCGAGCAACCUCUACGACAGGAUAAGUACAAGGCCUUUCUUGACUAUGGUAGAGAAACGAUGGAUAUCAUUUCAACUGCUAAACGCCCUUCGUGACGCCCGCAACCGCAAGGUCUCGCAUGGCGAUAUCAAGUCCGAGAACAUCCUCGUCACAUCCUGGAACUGGGUCUACCUCACAGACUUCGCGUCCUACAAGCCGACAUACCUACCAUUGGACGACCCUUCCGACUUUUCUUUCUACUUCGACACCUCCGGACGGCGAACUUGCUAUUUGGCUCCUGAGCGCUUCUACACGCAAGCCAACAACCCUGACAUCAGUGCGAAGAAAUCGAGGAUUGCAGCUAUGGAGGAUACGCCGGGGAAGCGUGACGGAAAGGUCACCGAGGCCAUGGACUGCUUCAGCGCGGGCUGUGUCAUCGCCGAGUUGUUCCUGGAAGGCGCUCCUUUGUUUACUCUCAGCCAGUUGUUCAAGUAUCGGGAAGGCGAACUCAAUGUAGACACUCAGUUGGCAUCGAUUGAAGACGAGGGUAUAAGGAAUCUGAUCAAGGAAAUGAUACAUCUCGACCCGACAGCUCGACCGACCUUCGACAGCCUUCUGCACACCUCGAGAGGAACUGUGUUCCCCGAGACUUUCUAUUCGUUCCUCCAUAACUACAUAUCCACUCUGAACGAGCCAUCUCCUUCGACUUAUUCCAGCACCUCCUCGGCGACGACUCCCGGUUCCACUCUUCCUACUGGCUCCAUGUCCGUCCUGCGACCUCACGCUCCACAUUCAGCACCAGGGUCAGAGCCUACCCCGGAGACAUUGGCUAAUGAUUCUGACCACAGAAUGGAGCGAAUAUGGGAGGACUAUGAGAGUAUCGAGCCGUACCUGUGUCCUGAACCAAGCGAAGACCGCACCAUGGACGUAAACAUCGAUUACACAUCCAAUGUACAGGCCGUGUUCAAACCUUUCCAGGACGUAAUCCCUGUCGAACUCCACAUUCCCAACCGCGACUCCAAGCUUCGAACUCAUGCUGGACGAAGAGCUGCUCUAGAAGAUGGACCUGCUUUAAUCAUCCUUGCCUCUGUCACUUCGAAUAUCCGGAAUUGCAAACUCCCAAGCUCGAAAGUGAGAGCAUUGGACGUCUUCUUGGCGUUGUCGUGCCACUUGACGGAUGAAGCCAAAUUGGAUCGUAUGGUACCCUAUAUCGUGGAACUGCUACAUGAUGACUCUGCGUUGGUUCGCUCGGCGGCGUUGAGGACCUUAGUUCAAGUGCUGACGUUGGUCUCUGUUAUCACGCCGUCGAAUGUGGCCAUCUUCCCAGAGUAUAUUAUCCCAAACAUCAAGCAUUUAGUGCAAGAUCCCGAGGUUUCGGUGCGGUGUACCUACGCUCAAUGUAUUGUCCCGAUUGCGGAUACGGCUGUGAGAUAUCUGGAAAUGGGCCAGGCUCUGAAGGCACACGGAGCAUUCAACUUGGCCGCUGAGGGUCAGGACUAUGAACAUGCUCACUAUGAGAUCUCGUACGAUGCCAGUAUGCAGGAACUUCAGAACCACAUUCAAGCCCAUCUAGCGGCCCUCCUCAUGGAUCCCUCCAGUGUCGUUAAGCGAGCCGUGCUUCACAACAUCUCUUCGCUAUGCGUCUUCCUUGGUCGACAGAAGACGAAUGAUGUCUUAUUGAGCCAUAUGAUCACGUACUUGAACGAUCGAGAUUGGCUUUUGAGGUACUCUUUCUUUGAGAGCAUCGUCGAUGUAGCAGCUUGUGCAGGGGGUCGAAGCUUGGAAGAGUACAUCUUACCUUUGAUGAUUCAGGCGCUGUCGGGUGCCGCUGCCUUUAUCACCUCCGCCGCCCAACAGCUGCCCGCCAGCGAUAUCUGGUGUAUUGUCUAUCCAUCCCUUCGUCAUUUCCUCAAGUCUGACAUUGGUGAAAUCAACACCUCGAGCCUGUUACGUGCAAUGAAACCUCCCCUUCCUCGCCAGAUCCUCGACUCGUCGGUACAAUGGGCGAUGAAAGCUGAUAGAUCGGUGUUUUGGAGCCGACCUAGGAGGGGAGGAAGCAAGACCGAGUCACCGAGGGAGAGCGUGAUCUCAGUAAGGAAGGCUGGGACUGGGAAUCUUGCGAAGAACCGAUCUGAAGAGGAUGAGGUGCAUAUCAACAAGCUGCAGCAACUGGGAUUGACGUCCAGCGACGAGAGUAAGCUGCUUGCAAUGAGAGAUUAUAUCCUCAAGCUGGCCAAUGCCACCGCAAGCUUUUCUUCGCGACUCAGCUACGAGCCUGACACCGGCAAGAAUCUCAAGGUCACAGGGGAUUUGGAGCUGCAGAAACUUGGAGUUGUGCCGCAGACUGUCUUCCUGAAGCAACGUCAAGACUCUGGUUCACGCAUGACCAUUCCCUCGUCCAGGCGUUCGAUUUCAAGUAGAACGUCAGCUAUGAGCCCUCGUUUCCCAAGACCACCCAGUAUUGAUCACGGGAGUGUUGGCACCGGUGCUCCCUUUGAGGACCUCAGGAGGAGGCUGGCCAGCAUCAACAACUCGGUCUCAUCUCUCUCGCCGAACCAGCCCAAGGAUGCGCGGAGUGUAUCUUCUCCCUUAGCCCCUUCUAGCUCUUCGAUAUCCGUGGCAUCUGCAACGGCCCCUUCACCUGUUGCUGCUGAACGCGAACGCGAUCGACCCCCAAGUCCUACCGAGUCUGUCGUGUCGAAUGCCAAUUCGGUUUCGCUGCGACCUGCAAGUCGGCUACAGGUGGGAAGCGUUGAAGGUUCCAAGGCAGCUCCUGCUGUGGGCUCCUCGAAGACUGUUGCGACUGGGCUCUUGGAUGCUCAUUCACAUAUUGGGUCCCCUGAUCCUUCCGGACGGUCGUCUCCCCUUUCGAUGUCGGCAACACUACGUCAGCAUCGACCCAGGGUUCCUUCGUUGUUACCUAUCUCGACGUAUGAUGGCCAAGAACCUGGUAUCAGCAACCUUCUUGAGAACCUUUACCUCGACAACAACAGGGAAUUACAGCAAGACUUUGGACCACCUGUUCAUGAGGGCCCAAUCCGGCGACGCAAUACCUCUCGACAUCCUUUCGGCACUCGGGACAUCACCAACAAACGACUUGAAGCCUCCCUCAUCUCCAACCUGACCUCUCAUUCCGAAGCUAUCACCGGAAUCGCCGUUUCUCCUGACCACGCUUUCUUCGUUACGGCUUCAGACGACAAGACUGUCAAGGUGUGGGACACGGCUAGACUCGAGAGAAACGUCACAAGCAAGGCUAGGCAUACCUACAACCAACAUCAUGCAAGAGUCAAGUGUGUGUGCAUCAUCGAGGGCACGCAUUGCUUCGCCAGCGCGGCAGAGGAUGGCAGUUUGCAUGUUGUGAGGGUGCAAUUGACGCAGAGUGCGGCUGGGGCGAGCAGCGCUGCUGGAAGUUUACCCAAGUAUGGUAAAUUGCAAGUCGUGAGGGAGCAUAGGGUCGAGAGUGUCGGGGAGUGGAUUACGUGUAUGGUCCAUUACAAGUCUGAUUCGACGUCUAGUCUGGUAUACGCAACCACCCACUCCAACAUCGCCAUCCUUGAACUUCGUACGAUGCGGGUUCUUCAAACUAUGGAGAAUCCUCGACAUUACGGUCCCAUCACAGCGAUGUGUAUGGACAAGAGACGGGCGUGGCUGGUGGUUGGCACUUCGACUGGCGUUCUGACCCUCUGGGACAAGCGAUUCGGUAUCCUUCUGAAGAGCUGGCAAACCGCAGCGGCAACCUCUUCCGGCAAAUCUUGCAAGGUCCAUCAAAUCGCAGUCCAUCCCACGAAGGGCAGAGGCAAAUGGAUCAUUGUGGCUCUGGAAACGUCGAAGAAAGGACUUGCUUCUUCUCGGGAUUCUGUCACCAUCAUCGAGGUAUGGGAUGUGGAGAAGUCUGUUCUGGUCGAAACGUUUGUGGUUGGAACGAGCAGCGACAGGGAAAGGGAGAGGGAGGGCAGCGAGAGUCCCGGUCCACAUGAGGUCGAGGUGGAAGGCGUGGACGCCAACCCAAGUCCUGCUGCCGCAAUCGCCGCCUUUGUGCGUUCUCGCCAACUUCAGAGCGAGAAUGAAAGGCGUUCUUCAGCAAGAGGUUCGGCGAACGAGGAAUUAGUUGCUCCCCCCGCACCUGACGUUCGAGCGAUGGUAGUUGGGCUCGACUUUGGAGGCUACGCUUCUGCCCACAGGUUAGAGUAUGGGGAGUUCAUACCUGACGGGGGAGGCGCGAGCUCUAGGAGUUCCACCAAAGGGUUCGUGGUGACGGGAUCGGAUGAUCGACGAUUGCGAUUCUGGGACCUGAGUCGGGCUGAAAAGUCAGUCGUGUUUAGUGGACUUGAGCAAGAUGGGGAAAGACCUACGCACAGCAUCAAUAGCGGCGGCUCUCGAGGCGGUGAAGAUGAAGGGAACAAGGGCCCGGUUUCUUACGUUGAAACCUGGCCUGCCGUCCCGACGGGUGGGCAGUCCAGCAGGCCAUCGCAACGAAUAUCCUUGAUCACCCAACAUCAGCAGAACCUGUUGAAGUCCCACCAAGACGUCGUAACUGCCCUAGCUUGCAUUGACUCGCCGUGGAGAGGUGGGAUUGUCAGCGGUGAUCGUGCUGGCGUCGUCAAGGUGUGGAGGCUAGAUUAUGUAGAGUAG